AUGGAUGACGUUUUUGAUACGUCAGGAACAGAUAAAGAAGUGGAGAUUAAGGUGGCCAAUCAGGAAUGGCUAAAGCAAAUGCGGAAUGUUGUGAUUAGUGGCGAACGUGAAGCCAUAAGCGAUGGUUUUGAUUCUCGUUCUAGUGCUAUCUUCGAUAGGGGCCUAGAUGUCGGCUUCGAAGCUGUUAAAGAUCUGGCACUUCUUAAAGGGCGUUUGCUUUAUUAUAAGUCGUUGGGAAACACAGAAGAACCCUCGGUGGAUCGGCUCCUGUCCGAUUUAGAGUCAUUGAUAGGUGAGGUUUUUCGGGCAUUCGCUUCAAGUAAAGAGCGCCCUACCGCCAGUGAAGUGGUAUUGCCCACCGAUCUUUCGAGUAAAAUAGCAAGUACCAAAGAGGAGGUAAACAAGCUGUUGAUCGUGCACAAAAAUAUGCUGGACCUUUAUCGGUUACACUUUGCUAGCCCCCCUAGUGAUGGAUACGUUGGCCCUCCUGACAAGAUUGUCUACCUUGAUGGGCAACAUGAUGGAAAGGCCAUGGCUAUUCUCUCCCAGCCCUUCUACAGGGCCACGGAUGUCGAAGAGCUCCAGGUAGCUGACUAUCCAUUCAGAAGGAUAUCAGUUCACUGCAUAGCUCUCCUAUUGUGGACGUCGUUCCCACGCUUUCCGUGGUCAAAAGGUCGCUUCGACUGCGACAAGUCUUCGUGUAAAUUAAAACAAUUGCGCUCAGGGACGUAUAGCGAGUCCCUCUACAAGGUUGACUGA